CCGAAGCACAUGUGCGGGCAACUACCCCGUCUGAUGAAGAAGAAGUGAGGUGAAAGCUGAGAAACGGCUUUGAAAAUUCCAGCAGUCGACGAGAGUGAAGGAAGCUCUCCUUCUACUCGCAGACGACGACCCAACCCAAAUCCACAUCCCCAAAACCCUAGAAAUCUGAAAUCCCCUUUCUGUUUCUCUCUUCACUUUCUAUCUCGCUUCUGAUUCGUCUCCAGAGCAAUUCUCCCUCUCUCAUCGAUCAACAAAGGGAGAUUUUUAUAUAGCUUUGAUCGAAUUCUGCUGGAUCAGAAAUGCCUGUGGCGGCAUCGGCUAUAUAUUUCUUGAAUCUCCGCGGCGAUGUCCUCAUCAAUCGUCUCUAUCGUGACGAUGUCGGCGGAAAUAUGGUGGACGCGUUCCGGGUGCACAUCAUGCAAACGAAGGAGCUGGGCACGUGCCCCGUUCGGCAGAUUGGGGGUUGCUCCUUCUUUUACAUGAGAAUCAGCAACGUCUACAUCGUCAUCGUUGUCAGCAGCAAUGCCAACGUUGCAUGUGCUUUUAAGUUCGUUGUCGAGGCAGUUGCGCUUUUCAAAUCCUAUUUUGGUGGGACUUUUGACGAAGAGGCUAUCCGGAAUAACUUUGUCCUGAUUUAUGAGCUUUUGGACGAAAUUAUGGAUUUUGGUUACCCCCAAAAUCUUUCUCCUGAAAUUUUGAAGCUUUACAUCACACAGGAGGGAGUUCGUUCACCAUUCUCGUCCAAGCCUGCAGACAAGCCCGUCCCCAAUGCAACUCUCCAAGUUACAGGUGCUGUUGGUUGGCGGCGUGAGGGUCUCGUGUAUAAGAAGAACGAGGUUUUCCUGGAUAUUGUGGAAAGUGUGAAUCUUCUUAUGUCUUCAAAAGGUAGUGUUCUGCGCUGUGAUGUGACUGGAAAGGUUCUCAUGAAAUGCUUCCUCUCUGGAAUGCCUGAUCUGAAGUUGGGUUUAAAUGACAAAAUCGGUCUUGAAAAGGAAUCACAACUUAAAUCCCGUCCUGCUAAAAGUGGAAAGACAAUUGAGCUCGAUGAUGUUACUUUCCACCAAUGUGUGAACUUGACAAGGUUCAACUCGGAAAAGACUGUCAGUUUUGUGCCACCUGAUGGUGAAUUUGAAUUAAUGAAAUAUCGUAUUACUGAGGGUGUAAAUCUUCCAUUUCGGGUGUUGCCGACAAUCAAGGAAUUGGGUAGGACACGGAUGGAAGUAAAUGUUAAGGUGAAGAGUGUCUUUGGUGCGAAAAUGUUUGCCCUUGGAGUAGUGGUCAAGGUUCCAGUUCCAAAACAAACAGCAAAAACAAGUUUCCAAGUUACGUCCGGUCGAGCCAAGUAUAAUGCCGCUAUUGAUUGCUUGGUCUGGAAGAUAAGAAAAUUUCCUGGACAAACUGAGCCAACCAUGAGUGCUGAGAUUGAGUUGAUUUCCACGAUAGCAGAAAAGAAGUCUUGGACGAGACCACCGAUUCAAAUGGAAUUUCAGGUUCCAAUGUUUACAGCAUCAGGUUUACGUGUCCGAUUCCUCAAGGUCUGGGAGAAGAGUGGAUACAAUACUGUUGAGUGGGUUCGUUAUAUCACUAAAGCAGGGUCAUACGAGGUUAGAUGCUAGUGGCUAGUGGCUCGGGACUCUGUUCUUCAAUACCCUUGUGAAGAGAUUUUUCAGGGUGGUCUCAUCUGCUAUGGAAGCAGAGACCUGAAAUUGCAAGUGUAGCAUGGUUUACCUGAUUUAUUAGGUAAAGAGGCUGUUCCCUAGAAGAAGAGCCUGCUGGUUAUAUGUUUCUUUUCUUUUCAAAAUUUUUUUUUUCCAUUGUAUUAUUACCAGUGUCAUCUUUUUUACUGGAACUUCAUGCUUGAAUCGCCAGAGUGGAAGUUUCACUUGUAUGUAUUACAGAGGCUGGUGAGUUCCGUGACAAAUUGAUGUGGGUAGGCAGUUUAAAUGGGGGAUUGAUUGCACUUUAGAAAGAACCAUGUCCCCCCAUUAAACACAUGUUAUUUGAGGGUAACAGUAGCAAGCCUUAGUUUUCCUAAUCUUGCAAGAAACCUUGUUGAAUAAUGAAUAUCUGCUCGGUUGCAGUGUGA